UCACUAAAGAAGCACUGAGAAGUGAUCCUCACUUUUUAAGACAUUUGUCUUUUCAAGAGAUAUUAGGCGCGAUAUUAGGUUUUUCUACACAUUUUUCUGAUUAGUUUCUCUUUCCAUAUCCUUGAUUUUAGAGUCACUAGGUUUUCUAGGUGUUUUUGGACGCCAUAGUUUUGAAGCCUGCAAACAACCCGCCGUCCGUAGUUUUUUUUUUUUUAAAGUUAGCAGCAGCCAUGUCGGGUGUUGUGCGAGGCCCCGCUGGGAACAAUGAUUGCCGAAUUUACGUGGGGAAUCUCCCGCCGGAUAUUCGCACCAAAGAUGUGGAGGACGUGUUCUACAAGUACGGAACGAUCCGAGAUAUCGACCUAAAGAACCGCAGAGGAGGUCCGCCGUUCGCCUUCAUCGAGUUCGAAGACCCGAGGGACGCCGACGACGCGGUCUACGGACGUGAUGGGUACGACUACGACGGCUACAGACUGCGGGUGGAGUUCCCACGGAGCGGCAGAGGCUCCAGAGGCGGGUAUGGGGGCAUCGGUGGAGCACCCAGGGGGAGAUAUGGACCUCCAUCCAGGCGCUCAGAGUACCGGGUCGUUGUGUCAGGUCUUCCUCAGAGCGGCAGCUGGCAGGACCUGAAGGACCACAUGCGCGAGGCGGGCGACGUGUGCUACGCCGACGUUUACAGGGACGGAACCGGAGUUGUAGAGUUUGUGCGCAAAGAGGACAUGACCUAUGCCGUCCGAAAGCUGGACAACACCAAAUUCCGCUCCCAUGAGGUAUGUGUACGGGGUUUUGAUGAUCUGUCAUGGAUAUUGAUGAUUCUUUGCCGCGUCGCGGUGAGUAUUGUAACGAAGUGUUCCUUUAGUCGCACGCCGACACCCAGCCCUUAUCGUUGCCCGUCUGUAACUUCGGCCAGAGGCAGGAAUGUUGCCUUUUCAAUGUCAAGUUCUCUUGUGUCCGCCAGGGAGAGACUGCUUACAUUCGUGUGAAAUUAGACGGUCCCCGCAGCCCGAGUUACGGACGAUCACGCUCCCGCAGCCGUGGCAGCAGAAGCCGGAGCCGCAGUCGCAGCGCCAGCCGC